AUGAACAAAGAAGAAGCGAGUUACCUCUACCAGUCAAUCGUUGCAAGUGAGAAGAUACGUGUCCUUCGUCUAGAACCAGGCAUGUUUUGGGAACCAUUAGUCGGUAGUUUCUCGGUGCAAAAGAUCCCAAACAAGACUGAUUCUCAGCCGGACGAGACCUGGAUUCGACGCAGUAUAGAUUCUACUUGCAUCAACCAAGCUGAUGCCACGGAAAAAAGCCUCAAGUCCGUUCAAUAG